UCUGUGUCAUCUGCGACUGAUAUCACAUCUCCAGAAUCACAGUACACAGGAUCAGCACUGUCUAGUUCUUCUGUGUCAUCUGUUACUGAUAUCACAUCUCCAGAAUCACAGUACACAGGAUCAGUACUGUCUAUUUCUUCUGUGUCCACUGUGACUGAUAUCACAUCUCCAGAAUCACAGUACACAGGAUCACCACUGUCUAGUUCUCCUAUGUCAUCUGCGACUGAUAUCACAUCUACAGAUUCACAGUACACAGGAUCAGCACUCUCUAGUUCUGCUGUAUCAUCUAUCACUGAUAUCACAUCUCCAGAAUCACAGUACACAGGAUCAGCACUGUCUAGUUCUUCUGUGUCAUCUGCGACUGAUAUCACAUCUCCAGAAUCACAGUACACAGGAUCAGCACUGUCUAUUUCUUCUGUGUCAACUGUGACAGAUAUCACAUUUCCAGAAUCACAGUACACAGGAUCUACACUGUCUAUUUCUUCUGUGUCAACUGUGACUGAUAUCACAUCUCCAGAAUCACAGUACACAGGAUCACCACUGUCUAGUUCUCCUGUAUCAUCUGCGACUGAUAUCACAUCUCCAGAAUCACAGUACACUGGAUCACCACUGUCUAGUUCUUCUGUGUCAACUGUGACUGAUAUCACAUCUCCAGAAUCACAGUACACAGGAUCAGCACCGACUAGUUCUUCUGUUUCAUCUAUCACUGAUAUCACAUCUCCAGAAUCAGAGUACACAGGAUCACCACUGUCUAGUUCACCUGUACCAACCGUGACUGAUCUCACAUCACCGGUGUCCCAGGAGACAGAGACAAUGGCUUCAAGUGUUCCUGUACCAACUGUGACGGCUGCUUCUGACGCGCCUGUGCUAACAUCAUCACCUAUGAGCCCCAUGUCCACAUCUGCAGUGUCACAGCAAACAACACCUGAGGCAUCGUCUGUUUCUGUGUCACCAAGCGAUUCUGCUUCUACAGAGCUAUAUUCAUCUCAAACAGCCGUGACAUCUGACAUAUCUGAUCAAACAUCUCCAGAAUCACCGCCGUUCACCGACUUGUCAUUUGCGUCAAGCGCUCCUCUAUCAGCUGUGACUGAUGUCACAUCGCAAGAGUCACAACAGACUGAAGCGUUCACUUCUGGGUUUUCUGUCUCAACUCUGACAGCUGCUUUUAGGAUAACUCCACUACCUAUGAGCCCCGUGUCUACAUCCCCCGUUUCUCGAUUGUCAUCGACACAUGCAGCGUCUGUGUCACCAGGUGCUUCUCUUUCCACGGAGAUAUUUUCACCUCAAACCUUCACGGCAUCCGAAUCGUCUGACCAGACUUCGGGACCAACUUCAUUCACUUCGACACAUCCAGAAUCGCUGCAAACAACACCGUCCUCCUCAGUACCCAGUGGCUCACCAUCCGCUCUAUAUUCCUCAUCGCCACCUGCAUCGGCUUCAUCACCGGAAUCCAUGGCUUCUACAUCUGCCGCUUCACGCGCAACAGCCACUUUUACGUCUGAGCAGUCAAGCCACCUCACGCGCACGGAGGAAGCGACUCCCUCUGAUUCUCUUGCAUCAACAUCUCCGAAAUCUCAAGAAACAACGCCAUCGUUGGCAUCAUCAGGGUCGCCUGGUGCGCCUUCCUCAAUGCCGUCGCAGGCUGUCACGUCUUCAGCUUCACUGCCGAGGGCAACGUUCUCGUCCAUCGCCACGUUAACAACCAUCGCCCUGACCACAGCCACCGAGUCUCGGGCCUCCGAGGCCCCGGCGACGCUGAACGAGACGAUGGUCGCCAGGGCGGCCCCCGAUCCCCGCUUAUCCGAGUCUCCCGACGAGCAGACGUUCAGCCUCAGGUUCAAAGUUCUCAACAAGGAGUUUGUCCCGGCGCUUCAAGAUCAGAGCUCGGACGAGUUCCAACAACUGUCGAGCGAUUUGAAUCAGGAGGUGAAAUCCAUUUUCAAGAGCGGGCCCCUUUCGAAGCAUUUUCUACAGAGCAAAAUACAUUCGUUCAGGUGACAAAAGUAGCAGUCAAAUCUGUUUAUUGCUGUUAUUAUUAUUAUUACUGUGAACCAUAGUGCAAU